CACUACAAUAACUGCAUAACGAUAUCACAUUUCGACAAAACACAGAUCGCUGUAUUCAUAAAACUAAAAAUUAUAAAGGUAAAUGCACAGUUACAACGUAAACUUCCUAGUUGAUAUAUUUGUUGAACGCAAAAUACCAGCAAGGCAAGAAUUUUCUCUUUUUAUAAUAGAGGUUUUAUGAAUGUGUUUACAUUAAGGACGUAAAGUGACAUCUAGUGAUGGAUAAUAGAAUAGUGUUUCUGUUUGCUGCAGUUGCCAUGAAUUUUGGUCAUUUAGUGGCAAGCCAAAACAUGAAUUGCGCUCAAGGGAAUUGGGGCACAGAUUGCAAAAACACAUGUCCCGAAGGUUGCUCGAACGUCGGAUGUGACAAAGUUACUGGCUCUUGCUUCGGAUGCGACUCAGGAUAUCACGGUAAACAUUGUGACAUUCCGUGUCCGGUUCAUUGCCGAUAUGGGUGUGAUCGUUUCACUACGAAAUGCUCAUCGUGUUACGCUGGUUGGUAUGGCGAUUCUUGCAAUAUACCAUGUCACAAUUGUGUCUCCUGUUCAGAAGCUACGGGUAUUUGUUCAACAUGUACAAAUGGCUGGUAUGGGACCAACUGCAGCAUCCCGUGCUCCAUUGAGACAGGUUGCAACAGAAAUGACUGUACAAAAUCUACUGGAGACUGUUUAGUCUGUAAGAUAGGAUGGUUUGGGCCAAAAUGCGAAAAACAAUGUCCAAAACAACUGUCAUAAUGGAUGUCAUAAAAGUUCUGGUUAUUGCAACUCAUGCAGCUCAGGAUAUUGGGGCUCUAACUGUUCAAAGCUUUGCCCUCCCAAUUGUCAUAAUGGCUGUUCUAAAGGUAAUGGUUAUUGCAGUCUUUGCAAUUCCGGAUUCUGGGGUUCGAACUGUUCAGAUAUCUGCCAGGGAAAAUGUGAAAGUUGUGAUAAAUAUCGUGGAACGUGUUUGUUUUGCCCAUAUGGGUUAUGGGGAAGUGACUGUUCGAAGACGUGUAAUACUAAUAACUGUAAAAUGUGUGAUAUCAAUACAGGUAUUUGUAAAGCAUGUGCAUCAGGCUUUUGGGGACCAAACUGUAACUACCGAUGCAAUAACUGUUCCAAUAUAAAAUGUGACAUUUCCACGGGUAUAUGUGAGACAUGUCCAGAGGGAUUUGCUGGAGAAAAUUGUAAUAUAAAGUGUGAGAUUUCUACUUGUUCAAGUUGGCAGUGUGAUAGGAAGCAAGGAUUUAAAUGUUCCAGCUGUGUAAAUGGCUAUUGGGGAACACUUUGUGAGAAACAAUGCAUGCGAAAUGGCAGUUGUAACUACUGCGACAAGACAACUGGAAUAUGUAAUUCGUGUUUAAGUGGAUAUUGGGGAACGUUUUGUGAGAAAAAAUGCAGUGAGACUGACGCUUGUACAUACUGCGACAGAAACACUGGAAUUUGUAGUUCAUGUUUAAGUGGAUACUGGGGAAACCAUUGUGGACAUGCUUGCCCUAAAACUUGUUCUGGAACAUGCUAUAAAAGUACAGGACUAUGUAGGUAUUGCAAACAGGGAUUCUGGGGAAACUCAUGUGAGAGGAAAUGUCUGGCAGGAGACGGGUGUCAGUAUUGUAGCAAAACAUAUGGAUCUUGUAGCACGUGUUCAAAUGGUUACUGGGGUAGUCUGUGUGACAAAAAGUGCCCUACAAUGUGUACAGGACAAUACAGCAGGUAUACAGGAAAGUGUUCAAGUUGCACGCCCGGCCACAAGGGUGUAAACUGUAGUAGUACAUGCAAAGAGGAAAAUAGCGAGACAUGCAAAGGUUCAGACGAUAGCUAUACAUGUACCAAAUGUCGAGCGGGUUAUUGGGGAGAAGGCUGUGAUAAUAAGUGCAAAUCGGAGCGAUGUUUGGAAUGUCAUAUGACAGAAGGACGAUGUACUUUAUGUGAAGACGGCUUUUGGGGGAAAUCUUGUAAUCAAAAAUGUCACGAGCGUUGUCAUUGCUGCAGUCUGACUUACGGUACUUGUAGUGCACCGCAUUCCUGUUUGAUGUACAAGGCAACAGCCGAAAUAAGCAAAAGACAGCCGGAGCUACAUCCGGAGGUAGAAAUGUUGGACAUCAGAGUGUUUCAUACUCAGAUCGUAAGAGAAAGGCCAAAGUUGAGACACCAUCGCUUCAAACCGGAAAAGUCAACCGCACAUAUAUGACUGAGGAAGCAAACAAAGGAUUUGAAGAAGAAGAAAAUUAUGAAAGUGUCCUCGAAUCAGACGAGAUCUACGAAAACCCAUAGGUCUCUGAUAAGAAACAACUGACUUUAUUGUUAUUGUUGUUGUUGUUGUGUAUAUCGUUUCAAAUCACGCUUUUCAUACAUACUUAUUCACUUGUAUAUACAAUGUGAUAUGAAAAUAUUUCCUCAUAUACAAUUCUUAAAGUUGACCAGGUUUCACACUGUGUUGCAAAUUUUAAACAACUUUCACCGUGCCGUUUUUUUGUAAAUUUUGCAUAAUAUAUGGUAUUUCUUCACGCUCAGGAAGAGACAAAAUUCAAUGUGAUGGCCACUAUCUAAAACGCUUGCAGAGAAUUCAUUACAACAUUAAUUUUGAUAAAAGAAACAUCAAACUAUUGUUAAACAAUUAUAAAACACAAAAUAAAACUUUAAAAAUCAUUUUUGUCUAGGGUGCCUCAAGUAAACAGAUUUAAUGAGACAGAAUUCUAACUCCAACAUUGAAAAACUAAGGUCGAAUCCGGUGGGUCUGUUUUGAAUUUUGCUCACUUCAUUCAAAAAUAACCUUGGGGCAAUAGUAAAACCUACCUGCAUUUCUUCCAUAACAUGUAAUCUAACGAAUGAAGGCAAAAUAGAGAACUUUUACCGCACGUAACUCAGUAUACUCUACCCCUCCUGAUUCAGAAGUAAAUUUACAUUAAACAGCAAAAAUCGCUUAUAAAAUGAAAAUUUUCCACUUUUGUACAAUUCAUCCAUAAUUAGUCUUGAAAGAAGUAAAAACUUACUAGAAAAAAAAGGAAAACAUGGAGAAAAAAAAUUUGGUCCCAGUGGGGUUUGAACCUACGCCCUCCUGAAAAUUGCAGUCAAAGUAGGUUUAUGGUAGGAAUUGAAUACUCUUCAAAAAGGAGAUACUCUAUUACGGGUCCAAUACCUUAAUAUUUUUUUUGUGAGAGGAAAUAUUUGUUACUUAUUCAUGAUGUAGAAGUUAGAAAGUGUUAUUUAGCCUUUCGUUUAAGUGCCUAUAGGCUUCAAAUAGUAAUGGGUAAAUAUUUAAUCAAAGUACCCCCUGUAAACUUUGUAAUAAUGACCAAGUUGAAAUCAAAAUUAAUCUUUUAAUUCUAUCGUUAUCAUUGUGCUGUUAUGAGACCAAAAAUAAUUGUCCAACUAAAUAAUAUGUCUGAUAAUAUAAAAGGUCAAAUUUAUUUUGCAAAUGACAAAGGAAUUUUUGAUUUUAUUCAACUAUUUUCUGAUUGUUUCAGAACUCGUAGGUCGAGUAUGUAGAAUGGCUUGAUUGGUUUUAUUUGAUGAGCAUUUGAAUUCAUAGUAUGUUUCAAUGAAAGAUACGCAUAUUUUAACUUGAAAUUAAUUGUUUGAUUUAAAUGUACAUGUGCUUUAUAUUUAGUUAAUUGUAUUACAUAUCAGUUUGUCAUGCCUUAUUUCUGUACUGAAAUUUCUUACGUUUCAUUUAUUUUUGAUUGAUAUGGCAUAAAGGGCCCAUUAAGUGUUUAUAAAAUAUUCUAUUCUAUGGUUUUAAAUUCUCUUCUAUUUUAUUCUACGGUGUACAAUAUUACGUUUGUUCAAAGAAAAUUAACCUGUCUGAAGUUAUUUUGAAAACAAUUAAGAGCGCACAUCUUUGUGGUCUUUAAAUAGACAUUUAAAGGUUUUUAAGGUUUUCCCUUGUUGUGUAAACAUUUUCAUUUUCCAAUAAUCUGAUGAUAAAAGUAUCUCUGACAUUACAAAAAUAAUCACGUGAAUUGUAAUAUAUGAAUAAAUACUUGUUUAUAUCCUUUCAAAAGUUUUUGCAUAAAGUCCCUACACCCCUAGCCUGGGUAAUAUUUUUUGUUGGAAUAAUCAUCUAAAGCGUCAUUUUUUUAAAACGCAGUUUGAAAUAAAUGUUUAAAAAAGACCAAUUUAUUAUAAAAUAUGAGCUGAUUACCAAAAACCAAAGCAAUUUAUUUCCUGCUUUGUUUAUUUGGCGACAUUUUUUCAAAAUGGACUGAGGUGCAAAAAUACAUAAAAUCAUAUGAUUGCAGAAUUUGAAUUUCGUGUAAUUUAGAUAUCAUAUUUACAAUUAUAGUCGUUUUUAAAAUAUUAAUUUACAAAUAUUAAAGGGAUUGGAAAAAGAGUUAUUGCAGCGUCAGAAGAUGCAUUUAGUACACGUAUAUUCUUUGAUAAAGUAGCAUCAAACAUUACAAUCAUGUACAUCUUACAAUGAGAACAUAUGUUAUAACAAAUACUUACCUUGGGUUGUGGACUUCAGCCUGUCUGUCAGCAUUUUUUUUAACCAAAACAAGUGUUUACCAUCAAGAUAAAAUCUUUUGUUUGAUGACACUUUACUGUAACAAGUUUUUGAUAAUAAUAGGCACAACUGUAUUUUUGGUAAAAUUCAAUUGUUAAGUCGACUGGCAGGUCAGCAUUUUGAAAUUUUGUAAAUAAACAUACUUUUCUUUAUAAAAUAACCAGCUUGUUGAACUACAUGUUUUCUGGUUCUUGAACUUUAUUUAUUUAUUUGAUGGAUUUCUCACAUGAAGAAUUAAACGCCCCGAAUGAGGCUCGAACCCGCAUCAAUGAGGGGCAAGUGAUUUUAGGUCAGUGGCCUUAACCAAUCGGCCACGGAGGCCCCGGCUCUUCGAAAAGAUCCUUUACUUGAGAAUAUCUCUUUCAGAUAAUGAUAAUUGUUUGUUAUCACGAUUCGUGCAUCUCCUGAUUUAAAAUUGAAGUAAGCGUCGUUUUGACACUUCUAUGAAUGCUAUAAAGUAUUUCCAUCUGUAAAGCAACUUCCACAAUUAACUUUGCAAAGAGUUAUCUCAUACCGCGGACGGCAUACCUACAUAGUGAGUCACUCACUGGCCUAAAUGCAAAAGAUGCAUGUGCAAAAUUUGAAUAAUUCUGGAUAUCAAAUUGGAGCUAAGAUGAUUUCUGUAUAUUUCAAAUGAUUAAACAUGGAAACCAUAAAUUUUUAAUUAUUAUGAAUACUUUAUUUUAUCGUUUGCUAUAAUUCUGAGGAAACAGUUCUGGGAUUUUAGAGUGGUAUUUUAAAGUUGGGCAAACGCCUUCAACAACUUUAAUGUCAUUUUUAUUUAUAAUUUGAGCCGCGCCAUGAGAAAACCAACAUAGUGGCUUUGCGACCAGCAUAGAUCCAGACCAGCCUGCGCAUCCGCGCAGUCUGGUCAGGAUCCAUGCUGUUCGCUAACGGUUUCUCUAAUUGUAGUAGGCUUUAAAAGCGAACUGCAUGGAUCCUGACCAGACUGCGCGGAUGCGCAGGCUGGUCUGGAUCCAUGCUGGUCGCAAACCCACUAUGUUGGUUUUCUCAUGGCACGGCUCAUUUCAGAAGUCAUUUACAGAAUGAAAAUAUGCCUUACAAAGAGUCAGAUCUGAAGUCAGUGUUCAAUUGCAACUUUUCUGUAACUACCUCCCGUUACUGAGAAAAUUAAUUUAAAGUUGUG